UUUUUCUUUUUUUUGGCUAGCAACAUGGAAGUAAACAAGAGUUGGGAAGGACAGCAUUUUUUGUUGUACCUUCGGUUUUAAAAGCGAACACAACAUUUGUCUUCUUUUGGAAUCCCAUCACGUGGCCCAGGACGCCGUUUGAGGCCGCCGGUGUUUGUGAGCUUAACCGGACUCGGAAAGUGGAAAAGUGUCGUCUGCAUUCCAGGCACAUUUUCGCUUUAAAUUGCACGCGAAUGCAGAAUUCGUCGCACAGCCAAUAAUAAUAUCAAGUAUAAAAAUAUGAGUAAAAGGCGUUUUUACAGUGCUACUAUUGAAAGCAUUGGCUAGCAUAAAUGACUAGCGUAAACGUGUGCUACUGUCCUGUACACCCGCUUUAAAACGUCAAACAAGCACAACAACUUGUGUAUGUACGCAGCAAGUAGUGUUCAAAUCCAUUUUCCCAGUGAACAUAAGCAAUUGUCACCUGUGGUAGAAUUCUUAUAUUUUUGCAUAUUUUCCAAACUUUCAGGUUUGAGAUCAUCAAAAAAAAAAAUUCCAUAUCAGACAAAGAUAAGCCAAGUGAAUUUAAAAUGCUGUUUUUAAGUGGGGAUUUCAUUUAUUAAGGAAAAACCUGGCCCCGUGGGAAAAAACAAAAAAUUACCCCCCCCCCUCCCCCCCUUGUUGAAUCAUGAAUUAAUUGUGGCUAAUCACAAUUUUCGGUUAAUUUAGAGGUCAUUGAGGUUUUCACUUUUGUCUCAACUGCUAGAGAAUAAUUUUGAAGGUACAGUACUCAGUAUACACAUUGGUCCAUCUUGUGAUCGGAUCGGUGAUUCCCUCCAGAUCUGUUCAAUCAAGAAAUCGCUGAAUAAACAGAUUGUGUCUGACAAAAUCAAGUCGGACAAAACAGCUGAAAAAGCUGCAACUCUGCACGAUCCAAAGAAAUUCCAGAACAGUCGAGAAAUUAAGUAAUUGACAUCCAUCAGUCUGGAAAAGGUUACAAAAGCUUUAGGAUUCCAGCGAACCAUAGGGAGAGCCAUGAUCCUCACAUGGAGAAAAUAUGGAGGAGUGGUGGCCAGGAGUGACCGGCCUCCAAAGAUUACCCCAAGAGAACAGCAAUAACUCAUCCAGGAGGCCAUAAAGGAACUCAGGACAACUUGUAAAGAACUGCAGGCCUCCCUUGCCUCAGUUAAGGUCAGAGUUCAGGACACAACAAUCAGGAAGAGACUGCCGGGCAAAAAUUGGCAUCCAUGGCAGAGUUCUAUUACCAAAACCACUGCUGACCAAAAAGAACAUAAAGGAUCGUCUUACUUGUAGUGUACUGACUAAAAUGUGUUGAACUGUAUUUGUUUGAAUUGCUGUUGUGAAAACUAGUUAAAAGUUUGUUUGGUUCUUUGUGUGGAUGGAUACUGGGGUUUCCUGCGUCCCGAGGGGUCUGUGAACAUUUCAGGUUUUUUUUUUUGUUUUAAUGAUUGAUUGAAGGGGUGGUGGUCCAAUGGGAUUGGGGGAAGGAGGUGAGUCGUGAAGAGGAAGAGCGGGAGAUGCGGGACCAGAGAGGGAGAGUUUUUUUUUUGGCGGGGGUCUGCACCUGGUUUUUGGACACGAACGGAUGCUUGGACUGUUUUUGGAAACGAACGGAUGCUUGGACUGUUUUUGGACACGAACGGAUUCUUGGACUGUUUUGAACGCGAACGGAUUUACUAUUUCAAAGCCACGGGUCCUGCCUGCUCAACGCCACCGGGCUGCCGCUUCGACGCUACGGGAUCCAGUCGCUGUGCCUACUGAAGCGUUUUGAGGGCUCGUUCCUACGACAAUCGGUUUGGGUUUUUCCCCCCAGUGAACUGAGGGUUCAACGGUUUUGUGAGUACUGCCCAGUGAGGGCUACAUACUUUUGCAAAAAAAAAUAAAUAAAUAAAUAAAACAUCUGAAAUAUUGACUCAAAAAAGACUUUUGGGAAAAUAUUAUAUGGCCUGGCAAAAUGAAAGUUGAGCUUUUUGGAAGGUGUGCGUCUCGUUACAUCUGGCAUAAAUGUAGCACAGCAUUUCAGAAAAAGAACAUCAUACCAACAGUCAAACAUGGCGGUAGUAAUGCGACGGUCUUGGGCUGCUUUGUUACUUUAGGACCUGGACAACUUGCCGUGAUUGAUGGAACCAUGAAUACUGCUCUUUAACAGAAAGUCCCGAAGGAGAAUGUUCGACCAGCAGUUUAUGACCUUCUGAAUGGCUUUAAAAAAUAUUUUUAUCAUGGCCUCGUCAAAGUCCAGACUCCAAUCCGAUUGAAAUGCAGCGGCAUGACCUUCCACUUUUUCACACAGGGCCGGGUAAUACAUAGAAUCACCAUUUUAAGUCCACUUGGGUUAUAUUUGUCUGAUAUUUUGAUGAUCUUAAACAUUGAAGUGGGGAAACUAUGCAAACAAAUCCGAAUUUGAGAAACCUUUUCCCGACACUGUGAGUGAAGACUGAGAUGUGUGUGUACAGGGUCUCCUGCAUAUUCCCGCCUGGCGCACUCACCUGGUCACAAUCGGAUUUUGAUCUUGUUGCUAAAGAACUAACAGAUUUUUGGGCCCGAGAAUGGAAUGAAUGAGGUUGUCCGUACAGGGGAGGCGUCCGUGGACCCGCCGGGAAGUCCAGAUUUGGUCCCCUCGGUCUUCUGUCAUUUGAAAGCUGACAGGACGGAAAUGAGACUUGACGCUACCAGCCGGUCCUCACCAGAGCCUGCCGGCGCAGCUCAAGAGUUUGUGGAGCCCCCUCCAUGUCUUACGAACGUCCGGGAGCGGCCCGCCGCGGUGGAGGAGGUGGAGCCGGCGCCCCCGCGUGUGAAAGAGGAAGAGCAGGAAGUGCCGGUGAUCUGUGUCAUUGUGAAGAGCGAAGAAGAAAGGGAGGAGAGGAGAGCAUCAGAAGCAGACGGCCUCCUGGCGCCACUCUCCGACGCUCCCGACACCGAUGACGGUGAGGAUGAAGACUCCAAAGGGGAUGGCGUGAAAAGGCACAAAUGUUCCCGGUGCCACCAAACUUUUGGCGACAAGAGAAAUUUAAGAGCGCACGCGAGAACACACACGAGAGAGAGAACCUUCGUCUGCUCGUUUUGCGGUAAAAGAUUUCCCCGCAAGGCUCAUUUGACCGCACACGCACGCAUACACACUGGCGAGAAACCCUUCUCGUGCGCCGUCUGCGACAGCAAAUUUCGGGAUCGGUCCACGCUGGUAACGCACGCCCGGACGCACACGGGGGAAAAACCGUUCUCCUGUUCCGUGUGUCACGUGAGCUUCAGCGUGAGCUCCACGCUGGUCCAACACAUGAGCACGCACGCCCGCCGCAAAAUGUUCUCCUGCUCCGUUUGCGGGAAGAGAUUAUCCCGAAAGAGAAGUCUGGUGACGCACGCGAGGACGCACACGGGAGAAAGACCGUUCUCCUGCUCGCUGUGCGCCAUGACGUUCAGCGACAGCACGGCGCUGGGACGCCACGUGAAGACUCACACGGGGCGCAAAGCCUUCGCUUGCUCCUUUUGCGCUCACAGGUUCUCUCAAAAGUCGCAUUUGGUGGCCCACCUGAGGAGACACACGGGGGAAAAACCCUUCUGCUGUGCCGUGUGCGGGCAAAGCUUCGCUCAGAAAGGACACUUGGCGAAGCACGCCAGGACGCACACGGGAGAGAAGCCCUUCGCUUGCCGAGCGUGUGAGGAAAGCUUCGCGUACAAGUAUCAACUGGACAAACACGCGUGCGCUCAAGCACGCGUCACUGGAUAAAAGCCUCGCAACAAAUGUUGGCCGAGGUUUUUGGGCACGGAGGAUUCGCCCCGUGGAUCGACGCGGGCCGUUUAUGUCCGCCUCGUUUCUGCCAGCGAUUUCGACACACAGGAGCUGGAACGAGAACUAGACUUAUUGUUGAAAAGUCAACCGCGGCGCAGGGAGGCAAGGGAGGCAAGGCAGGAUGAGUCGGGGAAGAACAGGACGUUUAUUUCCGAAAAGACAAAACGGGCAAACGAGGCCCACAGAAACGUCUCAAGACCAAAUAAAUAAAAGCCUAAAAAAAAAAAAAGGAAAUAAAAUGAGGGUAAACAGACCGCAACAUAAACCAUAACGUGACACGAGAAACGAGACAAUCGGCAACAACGAGGCCGUGGAGGAAAUCUUUGUGGUGUACGAGUACGAGGACGGCAAGAAACUAAAGACAAGCAAAGUGACGAGACAACGAGCAACACCUGGACAAGACGCGAGUGCCUGCGGGGAGCUGAUUGGUUGACACAAGGUAGCGGGGCUGACGAGCGCAGGUGGACACAAUAACCGAACGAGCAGGACAAGCCGUGAAGGUGGCGCAGGGAAACUUGACAAAAACAUGAAACGCACUACAUCGAUUCCAAACCCGUCCACAAAAACCCAUCAGGAGGGCGGAGCCUGUCUUUGGCGGCUGCUCGCGGUUCCUUUGCUAUCAGCUAUAAUCAUCAAAAUUAUACGCAUGUGCAAAUUAUACAUAUAUAUUUAAAAAUCCUGAAAUAUUUCAUUCAAGUGUAUGUAGUGCACCUCUAUAAUAUGAACUUCACAUUUUGAAUUGAACAACGUAAAUAAAUUACACUUUUGACACUAUUGUAAUUCA